AGUACACAAAUUGCGACGGCGAAGGAAGUCAGUCGUAUUAAAGACAACAAAGAAAACGUCAAAAAUAAUUAAAAAAAUUAUUUUGUGAAUCAAAACCUCUAAACGUUUUAGUGAUAGUGGCAGUGAUGUGGAUUUCUGGAGAUGAUCAUAGUCAUGAUCAGCCCGGUGCGCCGCUGGUCCGCUGGAGUACCAAUUCGGAGAUCGUGGCCAUGGAUGGAGUCAAUCUGGCUACCUCUACAGCUGCACCUAAUGUUGGUAACCUCAGCGUUACUAAGUCUUCCCGCGUUCACAUUGGUCCGAAGUUUGUUUCUGUAACGCAAAAUCUACAAAAUACCGAGGUGGUUAAAGAUAUGCCAUUCCCUGUGUACGUGUGGUAUAUUAUGAAGAACAGUUCCCGAGCCGAGAAACUCUGCUGCCUCGUUGCCCUUCUGGUACUGAUCACAUGUGUCACACUGAUUGUAUUCUUUGCUGUACAAGCCACAAAUAACCCGGAGGAUUAUAUAGACAUAGAUCCACACGAAUGGAACAUAUCACGUGAGAUGUGGUUGGCGCAAAACUUCAGUGGCAUCGCCACAACCGAGCGUUUCGAUCCUCUGCGACUAGUUAUAAUACAGCACACCGUCAGUCCAGAAUGCCCGCGGUUCGUUCUUUGUGCGGCAGAAUUACGCACAAUGCAGUCUUGGUAUAUAAAGUACUACAACUAUGACAUUCCGUACAACUUCAUAAUUGGUAACGAUGGACGAGUGUACGAGGGACGAGGAUGGGGAAAGCCAGGAGCGCAUGCCCUCAUUUACAAUCGUUGCUCUUUGGGCAUCGGUUUUAUUGGGGACUAUCGUGAAGAAUUGACAGCGCAUUCUCGCGUAACGGAACUACAAAUCAAGAGAGCUAAGAUGCUCCUUGAAGAAGGUGUUAAACGUGGUUUUCUGGACAUGGACUAUUCUGUACUUGGCGCCAAGGAUUUAAUUGAAACGGCUAGUCCUGGAUCAAACCUAUACAAUGCCAUUCGUGAAUGGGAACAUUACGACCACUCUAAUAAAUGGCGAAAUAAGACUUGUGAAGAAAUGUACGGAUUUCCACCAGUUUCCUAAUACACCAUUUUAAUUUGCUGAAAUUCAUUAAGAUAAUUUACGCUGCACUUAAAUAUUUUAGUACAGCGACUACCUAGCUGUACCUGCGACGCAAACAAAUUAUCUUCGAUUGUUUUAAAGCCAAGUAAAUCAAUCUAUGAAAUACCUUUUGACGUUUCACAUUAUCAUUCCGUAAUAACUUUGUACAAGCGUACUCACACCAUUUAAAAUUACCUUUUACGUAAAUGUAAAGAAUUAUGAAGUUAAUCUAUAUUUCAUUACAACGGGUAUAUUUCUUUAUCAGUAAUUUAAGUUAGUAUCUUUCAAACAAAGCAAAAUAUAAAAUAAUUACAAGUCAACUUUUUUCCCUACCCUUGUUUCAAUUAUAUGUCGCAGUGUACCAUAGACUUAGAAUAUAUUGGCGUAUACCAUAUAGACGACCUGACAAUCCGAAAAGGCGUGACUAAUUUUGAUUUGUUAUUGUGUGCGUUAGCUAGUGAUGUACAUUUUACAUACAAGGACUAUCGAAAAAUGAUCGUUAAGGAAGCGGUAAAAAGAUUAAAAAAUAUAGUUAGUGCACGAAAUUGAAUAACUUCAAAAAUUUACGGAAUUUUUACCAUGAUAGUUCUAAAAUAAUUAAAAAAACGUGUGUGUGUACUUAUGUACGCACGUAGGCAGUUAUACUUCUAUAGCGUAACAAAACAAAAAUAACUAAUAAUAACUACUUUAAAUAUAGUUAUCAGUUCCCACGAAAACUUGAGAGACAGUUACCCACUGAAGUUGUCGCUUUGUGGUGUCAGUGUGUGCGCGCAUCAUAACAACUUAAUGGUGUCGUUUUUAGGUGUCGGUGUGUACGCGUAUCGUAAAAUUCAUUCUCAUUAUUUUUUCCAAACACCCUAAAAGAAGUAUAACUUCAAAAAUAUUUAUAUAACAUGUUCCUGUGAAUAAGCUUAACCUACCUUUCCUUUGUUUUGGAUUUUAAUUUAAAAAAUCCCAGGUAUCUCAAAACUCCCCAAGAAUCAGAUCAGAAAUUGUGUUUUUUAGAGUUAUGAUUUAUAGAGAGAAAUAUUUAUUGCCAUGACAGUUUCCCCGGAUUUUCUUUUUUAACGUAUUUUUAAUAUAAAUAGGUAGAUACUUAACUAAGUUACCUAUUUAUAUUUUAUAUAUUUCAUAAAAUGUUUUGAUGGGGAAAUAAAAAAGGAGCAUGGAGUACAUAAUGGCUGCUUUAUUUUUCAUAUAAGUAUUAAUUUUGAUAAUUGAAAACAUUUAGUAAUUAAGAAUUAUAUAAGUAUAGAAGUUUAUUUUAAUACUUGACUUAAAUAUGAAUGUAAACUUAAUAAUUUAAGUAAGGAAACUUGUAGGAAUCAGUUAAAUGAGAUUGCUCUGUUUAAAGGCCAAUAUGUUUAUGAGGCUUCAUCAUGCUUCAUGUUUAUAUUCUUUCAUCUGUCCCUAAAAGGUAUAAAGUAAUAAUAAACUUUUAUCAUUUUAGCUACAUAAAUUUUAAAAACAUAAUGAUUUUAACACAGUAAAGUGCACCAAGUGUCUGAGGAUCUGUAUCCUGUGAGAAUAGAGAGUGCAUUUGCAUCCAUAUGCACUAUAUAUUCUCUCAAUCUCGGUAUGUUAAAAAAAUGGUCACUCAUUCAUGGAAUGACCACGGCAAGUGCAACUUUAUCUAUUGAACUGCGCAGCUAUUACUUAACCACGAGUUCCUCUUCUCUACGAGUAACGCUGUAGGCGAUAAACCACGCAUUCAUUUAAACCCUCAGCAUAAUGUCGCCGGCCAUCAAGCUUAAAUCGGGCAUCGGGCGUUGUGAGUAUCAAAUACUAUGGAAAUUAUACUAUCCUGGCACAUUGAACCGCACGUCUCAUGCGUGAGCAUCUAGUAGCGCUUCAAGAGCAUUACUAAAUAUAUUAUAUCUAACUACUCCAAAAGUUUUAUCAUUGUGACUUGGGAAUACAAUACGAGGUUCCGCGCAACCCUUUAGGAAAAAUAGAGUGAUGCUAUGAAUACCGUGCGAGUGUGACAGUGAGACGCAGCGGUCGGUUAAGUAAGAUACUUAGUUGGGUUCAUAAUGGCUUAAAGAAAAUAAUCUCAAGAUUUUUUUAUCUUUAAUGUACUACACUUUUAUAAUGUAUAAAAAUCUGUUUCUAUUUUAAUUAAAGUUUUGAAAGU